AAACUUCCACAACACAGUCACACACUCUCUCAACUCUCUACAUUCAAUCAACCCUAACAAAAUGGCGCCAACAAAAGCCGAGAAGAAGCCAUCAUCAUCAGCCGAUAAGAAGCCAGCCAAAGCCGAGAAAAAGCUUCCAAAAGAAACCGCAUCCGGAACCGAUAAGAAGAAAAAGAAGAUAAAAAAGAGCAGCGAAACCUACAAAAUCUAUCUCUUCAAGGUGUUGAAGCAAGUGCAUCCUGAUAUCGGCAUCUCAGGCAAAGCUAUGGGGAUCAUGAACAGUUUCAUCAACGAUAUAUUCGAAAAACUCGCGCAGGAGUCGUCUCGGCUCGCGAGAUACAACAAGAAGCCGACGAUUACUUCUCGUGAGAUUCAAACGGCGGUUAGGCUUGUGUUGCCUGGUGAAUUGGCGAAACAUGCUGUUUCUGAAGGUACGAAAGCGGUUACGAAGUUUACGAGUUCUUAGAUCUGGAUCUGUAGAUCGGAUGAGUGUUCGAAUUGAAGUUUGAUCGGUUCUGAUGUUGAGUUUUUGAGUCGGUUAUUCGUUUUUGUUACUCCAGAUCUGGAUCUCAUAUAAUCAAUGAUACAUUUUGUUUACUUUUGAUGUUGAAGAUGAUGAGUGUUCGAUUUGAAUUUUGAUCGGUUCUGAUGCUGUGUUUUGAGUCGGUUAUUUGUUUUGUUACUUCAGAUCUGAAUCUCAUAUAAUCAGUGAUACAUUUUGUUUACGUUUAA